AUGCACUUAUGGCCGAUUAGCCCUCCCCAAUUGCUUACAAUACCGCCACGCAACACUGAACUAGAUGACGGCCGCAACAUUACCGAUUAUAACAUCCUUCAAUCAAUGACACUACCUCAGGCAAACGUCCUUAUCAUGCUGACUCCAACAAGAGUGCUCAUUUACAACUUUAAACCUAUGGCCCUGGUAGCAAGUCACGAAAGAACCAUCGCUUCUCUCGAAGAAUUUGGUGAGAACAGAUCGAUGAAGAGAUCAGCUCCACAUAAUGAUAUCAUUGAAGGGCUUAUCUCUAAAAAAGAUUCGCAAUACCUGUUGUGGCACCAAGGAAAACUCAUAUUCUAUGUAAUGACCAAUAAAAACUUCCUUCUGGCCUAUCAAAUUUUGAAGAAUUGCACAAAUGAGAUAACAUUCAAAGAGUAUGGAAUACCCGUGAUAGAACCUCUUUUGAUGAAUGACGAAGAAAUCAACGGCGAGGAAUAUGAUUUCAAUACGGAUGAUGAUACACUUACAGUAUUUGACAAGAAUAAUUCAUCAAGAAUUAUACAGAAUGGAUUCGGUAUAGCCAAGGAGAAGGGUUUCUUGCAUUUUCUUUCUAAUCAAGAAAAUAUCAAUGAACUACCUGUGAAAAAAUUAGAACUUCGUUUGAAAGUUGUCUUAAAAUUUGAUUAUGAAAUUAUAGAUAUGAUUGGCAUCAAGACAUUUUCCAAGAUUGGGGACGGGCGUUAUGAGGAAGUUUUAAUAGUCCUAUUUCCUCAUGGAUUGCAAUUACUAACGAUAUUGGACUUUAAAGUUAGCAAGAGUUCAUUGGUUGAAGUAAAGAAUGGAUCGAAGACAGUCGUGUGUAAUAAACAGCUGAUGGUUAUAUCCCAUGAUCCUCAGGAACUGCAAACCAUAAUAAGCAUUAUAGAUCUAGAAAAACAAGCUGUUGAAGCAAUACCGUUGCUGGACACACCAGGCAAGCUGCUGACAUGUCUAGAAGUUAAUGGAAAUUUGGUGGUUGUUUUUAAGGAAAAGAUAGUCUGUUUUGAUUCGAGGAUAAAAAAAAUAAGUCAUUGUUGGAAGCCACCAUUUGUGAUAAAACUUUGUGAUAAAAUUAACGAUGAGAUAUUGCUUCUGAUUUCUGAAAAUAGUAGUAACAUUCAUUUUUAUACGGAAUUUGGGAAUCUUUUAUUUGCCACAUAUUUUGAUCAAGAUGACAAUGAUGAGAACGCCAAAGAUGAAAGUAAAAAAAAUGUAGCCAGGUAUGAAAUUUCCGAUUUUGUGUGCUUGGAUAAAUCAUUGAUAACAGUAUCUCACUCUGGGAAAUAUCAAUAUUGGAAGCUAUGGGAGGAAAUAAAGCAGGCGCAGUUCGAUUUCAGAAGCCCCAAACCCUACGUGUUAAUCAAUACUAAUAAUGACGUAAUAAUAUAUUCACCCGUGGCAAAUUCCUCUUUGAAUAAUGAUAAUUUACAGGUCCUCAAACUUCCUACCAAGACUUUCAAUAAUCAUAUUGCUUUUGUGAAAAUCAACUCUUCUUUGAAACUACUUGCCACUUAUGUGUCAAACAAAAACAUACUACUUAUCCACAAUUUAGAGACCAAUAUGUGGUCUAGUUUUGCAGAUCAAAACGUGCUGGAUUUGCAUUGGCUGGGUGAUAAUUUUUUAGUUUGCCAUAUGAAAAAUGAUGACGGUUCAACAAGUUUGAAAUGCUCACAGAUCCCACUGCAAGAAGCGAAUACGGACGUGGAGUUAUCAGAUUACGUCAUUUGGGAAUAUAAAAUCCCAGAAAAUACUACAGUCUUCAGUGUACAUGUCAACACCCUAUUUAGGUACAAGCUGUUGAAGAUCAAAGCCAAAGAUAACGAAGCUUCAGAAAAACAGGCCGAAACGUUGCUUAAAACGGCAGAGGUUAUUUUAGUUACCGAUACUCAAACGAUUGUAUUUGACGUAAUUUCCACUGUCCAUCCAUGUGGCUUAAAUCUUAUUAAAAAGUUCUACCAGUAUCUCAAGAUCAAUAUUCCAAUUGAUGUACUUCCCAACAAAAUUAAAUGGAUAACGAACAUGAAGGAUGGUUUAUUAUUCUACGCCGAUAAAAAGUUCAUAAAGCUAGCCAAGUCUGAUGGUGGAGGUUGGCAAACCUUAAUCUUAUUGAGUAACAUAGAAAGGAUAGUGGAUGUUAUGAAGGACGAAAUAUUCUUGAUCCAAGGCCAAGAUUACGUUGUAUACUCUUUAGAAGAGUUAUGGGAUGAUAAAAAGCCGCUAGUUUCUAUACCAAUCGAAGAAGAUCUGUAUCCAAUAUCGAUCACACCUGAAACCGCUACUACACAUACACUUCACUUCAUUUUCAAUAAAAAGUUCUCUAAAUUGGUGGUUAAACACCAAAUAUACCUCGAUCAAUUAAUUUUGGCUAAAUUAAGAGAUGGUAUCAAUUUAGAGGAUAUCUCAAAUGAUUAUCGUUCGCUCAAACCUUAUAAGUUUGCCCUCGAAAAGAUUUUAUCUACCAGGAUAUUGCAAAAUGAUUCUCUGGAUGAAAUCUUGCAAUUGGUCAAGAUGUAUGAUAAUUGCGAUCAACAACAUACCUCAUUGCCCAACCACAGUGGUAUGUUAGAGAUCAUUAGUAAUUGUUUGAGAAAGAUCGAAACCAAAUACUGGAAUCACCUUUUCACUAAUCUUAAGAUGACACCCAGAGAUUUGUUAGAUCUAUGUAUAGAAGAAAACGAGGCUAAGAUGCUUGGAAUACUUCUUUUGGUGUUUCUGAAUUACGAUGAGAAGGAUUUGGUGGAUGAUCUACAUUUUAGAAAGCCGGGUGCAGAAACAAAAGACGACAAAAAUGCAGAUGAUAAGACUGCAAGAAAUUCGCACAAAUCUGUCACCAACGUACUGAAGGAUGAAGAAUUAAUGCUAAAAGUCCUUGAACUUUUGGUGACAAGUGCUGCAAAUGCUACAGACCCCAUAAAAGCCACCGAUUCAUGGGACAUGUGUUUCCAAUUGAUCCGUUUGCUCAAGGAGUUAGACAAGGAAAACAAUACGCAAUUGGUUCAAAAGGCUAUCGAAAGACUCAAAUAA